ACAAUUUUCAUUUUCACAUGCCUAAAUUAUUAAAUUUUAAUUUAUAAUCUAAUAUACGAUUUAAUUAAAUAAAAUAUUAUGGAAAACGCAAACUCUUCUAAUAUUUCCAGCUGUAUUUGUAAGGUUGAUAAAGAUACUGUCUACAACGAGAUAUCUGACAUAACAAAUCAAAUUAAAAAAUUUCUACCUCCAAAUUAUAUUCCGACUGUUGGAAUCAUCACUGGGACAGGACUUGAUACCAUAACUUCUCAAUUAACAGACAGUGUGACUAUUCCUUACCAAAAUAUAAAGGGUCUUAAAUAUAGCAAAGUUAAGGGUCAUUCUAAUAUGAUAAUGGCAGGAAAAAUAGGCACCCAUAAUGUAAUGUGUUUCGUAGGACGAUGUCACUUUUAUGAAGGAUAUCCCAUGUAUGUGGUUACAAUGCCGGUUAGAAUAAUGAAACUACUUGGCGUUAAAUAUUUAUUCGUGACAAAUGUUUGUGGCGGAGUAAAUCCGACUUAUAAUGUGGGAGAUAUAGUCGUUAUCAAAGAUCACGUCAAUUUAGUCGGUAUAGCUGGACACAAUCCACUAGUAGGAGAAAAUGAUGACCGAUGGGGAACUAGAUUUCCGCAUUUGUUCAAUGCUUACGAUUUUGACCUUCGGGUGAAAGCGGCAAAGGUGUGCAAAAAAUUAAAUAUCCCAUAUAAAGAAGGUGUUUUUUGCAUGAACACUGGACCUACUUAUCAAGCUAAAGCGGAAGGGCGUAUGCUUCUUCGCGUAGGAAUAGAUUUAGUAGGUAUGAGCACUAUACCCGAAGUCACGGUGGCAGUUCAUUGUAAUAUAAAAGCUUGCGCUUUUAGUUUGGUAGGUUCAGCAAUUAGAUAUGAUGAAUUCUCUUAUGAAAUAAUAAAAGAUGACCCAAACGAUAUAGAAAACAAAAGUAAUGGGCCUUCAAAAGAUACAAAUUACGAGUAUAAAGUGACAAAAACUGAUGGCUCUAUAUACCAUGACAACGUCAUAAAUUUAGGUAAAAAAGGUGGUGAAUUGAUGGGACAAAUUAUUAAUGAUUUAAUUAUGAGCCUGGAUUGAUAUAUAUGUUUUAAAUCAAUGUAUAUUAUUUGAUGAAUAUCAACCAUUGUACUUUUAUAAUAAAUAAUAUAAGAAUAAAUUUAUAAAUAAAGUUAAGGUUCCUGGC